CGAAUCCUUUUCAUAAUUUCAUUCAAUUGCACAGCCGUUUCGCUUCUUAAGCUUCUCUAAUAUCACCAACCGCCGAUGCCAAUACUCCUUGUGCCUUCACCAAUCCCCACCGUUCCCGCCAUUUCCAAUCUCAAACUUUCCCCUGAAUCCAAGCCUUUUAAGUUCAGGUCAUGGCGACUGGCCGCCACUCGCGAUGUCGACACAUUCACCGAGAAAUCCAGCUACUUGUUCCAGCUCAGCGCCACUGAGGCCGACUCGUUAGUCGAUUACGAUUUGAAAAAAAUCGGUUCUAUUUAUCGGAGAAAGCCGCUGAUCUUGCUGCGCCGAAUCGUUCAAGUUGGAACCAGUUUCGGGUGGUGGUUCGGCUCUCGGUACGUGGAUAAACUCAUGGAGCGAUCCGAUCAAAUGUUUAAGGUCAGAGCUGCUGAGCUUCGAAAAUUAUUGGUAGAACUUGGUCCGGCAUACGUCAAAAUUGCACAGGCUGUUUCAUCUCGAGCUGAUUUGAUACCACCAUCAUAUUUGGAUGAACUCUCAGUGCUGCAAGAUCGAAUAACUCCAUUUUCCACUGACAUUGCGUUCAAUACAAUAGAGCAAGAACUUGGAUUAUCAAUAGAUGAAAUGUUCUCGGAAAUUUCGCCAGAGCCUGUAGCAGCAGCAUCCCUCGGACAGGUUUAUCAAGCUAGGCUUCGCCAUAGUGGACAGGUUGUUGCAGUAAAAGUGCAAAGGCCUGGAGUUCAAGCUGCAAUUUCCUUAGACAUAUUAAUCUUGCAUUUUAUGGCCGGGUUGGUUAGGAGAGCUGGAAAACUAAACACUGAUCUUCAGGCAGUUGUUGACGAAUGGGCAUCAAGUCUUUUCCGGGAGCUUGACUAUAAGAAAGAAGCGAAUAAUGGACUCAAAUUUAGACAACUGUACGGUGAAAUACCAGAUGUUUUGGUUCCUCAAAUGUACGUAGAGCAAACAACUCGCAAGGUCCUUCUUACGGAAUGGAUUGAGGGAAAAAAGUUGUAUGAGGUUAAGGAUCUUUACUUAAUUGAGGUAGGAGUGUACUGCUCAUUCAACCAACUCCUGGAAUAUGGGUUCUAUCAUGCUGAUCCACACCCUGGAAAUCUUCUUCGUACAAAUGAUGGGAAACUGGCUUAUAUAGAUUUUGGCAUGAUGGGCGAAUUUAAACAAGAACUCCGCACUGGAUUUAUCGAAGCUUGUCUCCAUCUUGUAAACCGUGAUUUUGAUGCAUUGGCCAAAGAUUUUGUUACUCUUGGACUUCUUCCACCAACUGCAGAGAAAGAGGCUGUUACAAUAGCUCUAACAGGUGUCUUCCAAAAUGCUGUUGCCAAAGGAGUCCGAAAUAUAAGCUUUGGGGAUCUUUUGGGAAACUUAGGGACUACCAUGUAUAAGUUCAAAUUUCAAAUACCUUCGUAUUUUUCUCUUGUCAUUCGGAGUCUUGCCGUGUUGGAGGGAAUUGCUAUCAGUUUCGACCCAAAUUACAAAGUUUUGGGUAGCACAUACCCUUGGAUUGCUAGAAAAGUAUUAACUGACAGCUCUCCCCAGCUUAGGUCUUCAUUGGAAACUCUUCUUUACGAGGAAGGUGUUUUCAGAAUUGAUCGUUUGGAGUCUCUUCUACAAGAGUCUCUUCGUGCCCGAACAGAGAAGGCCUUGGUUAAGAAGCAAGUAGAAGAUACAGAUUCCAGAGCGAUUAUUAAGCAAGUCCUUUCUUUCACAUUAACUGAGAAGGGGGCUUUUGUGAGAGAAAUACUUCUUCAAGAAUUUGCUAAGGGUUUGGAUGCACUUGGGCUAGCAACCCUGGAUUCGUUAACUUCAGCAAUGCCUGCACCUAUACCCUUUGCUGCUUCCACUUCAGUCUCUUCACUGACUGAAGAAGACUUGAUCAACUUGAGAACCUUGCGUCGACUUAUGUUAUUAUUGUCAGGAUUUCAAAGAAGUGAAGGUCCCAUGGUGGAAGUUAAAGAGCUUAGCCCAUACAAGAAUCAAGGCACAUUCAUGGAAGAAGCAUUUCUCACCUUCUAUCAACUUCCCUCUAUUCAAGAGAUUUUACCUGUUCUUUCUGUUAUUCCUGAGCUCUCACCAGAGAUGCAACAACAGUUACUUAGCCUGCCCGCUGAUCUUGCUGGAAAGUUGGCUUCCCGUGUCGCUGCUCGGACUAUCCGGAGGAUGUUUCUACGAUAGGAGGUUGGCAAUACCAUUUCCCAAAUUGUCUCUAUUAACUUGGUAGGUUUACUUAAUCGUAAACCACAUUUAAGUAGGAUUUGUGACAUGCAGGAUGAAUUUUGAUGGGUUUAAUAUGUAGCCACACUCACAUAUUAUUUGAAAUGGCUUAAAAAAAAAUUCUGCUGAUCUUUUCUGUUUGCAUCUUCCAAUUGGAGUUAUUAGGACUUCUCUAAUAGUUUUAGAGAGCGGUAAAUGGGGAAUAGGCUUGAUCCAUGUGCAAGGCAAAAGUAAAAAUACUGGGAAAACAUCUGUAAGAUUUUUAUUUUCCCUUUUUUCUCUUAUUU